UGCAAAACCCUGUUCAAAGCCGCAGUAACGGAAGAACAUCUAUUACCAGAAUAUCAGAAUACGAUCCAUAAAAAUGUUAUACUAUCUCUUAAUAGCUCUCUUAGUGUUAGGCACUCUCAUUUAUUACUUUCUCAUUUGGAACUACGAUCAUUGGCAAAAGAGAAAUGUAUGCGGUCCGAAACCCUACCCUCUGCUCGGCUCAUAUCCAAAUCUGUUGUUACGUCGUCAGCAUUUUGGUGAUGAUUUGCAAGAUAUUUACAAAUUUUACAAAACGUCUCAAAACUACGUGGGAACCUAUUUGAUGCGCACGCCAACUCUGCUGAUUACCGAUCCACAAAUUGUGCAUGAAAUUUUCGUUACGGCAUUCAAGCAUUUCGACGAUAAUGAUGUAGGCAAAUUGAUAGACACAUCAAAGGACCCACUGAUAGCCAAGAACCCCUUCAUAUUGAGCGGCAAAGAAUGGAUUUUGCAGCGUUCCUUUGUAACACCAGCGUUAACCAGCUCUCGUAUAAAGCAGUCCUAUCAAGAUAUUCCGGAGAUAUGUCGAGAAAUGGCUAAAUUUAUUAUUGAAUAUGGUUGCCUGGGGAUCAAUGGAAAAGACCUAGCUUUGCGCUUUACAUCGGAAAGCCUAAGUAGCUGUGUUUUGGGUAUAAAAGCAAACAGUUUCACCCCUAGCCGCCUACCAAUUUCGGAAAAUGUUAAUAAGUUUGCCUCCGAAAAUGUUGCUUUUACAAUUUUUACUCUACUUGCCGGUUUGGCACCGGAGAUUUUAAAAUAUUACCGAAUGAAAUUCUUUCCCAAAGAUUGUGAGAAUUUUUUCAUAGAUCUCAUGGAGCGUGCUUAUAAAUAUCGCGCCUCCGAACAUUUUGCCAGAAAUGAUAUUCUGGAUCAUUUGAUAAAGGCAAAAGAAAUAGAAAAUCUCAGCAAUCUGGAUGUAUAUUCGCAUACAAUGACAUUUUUAAUAGAUGGUCUGGAUACAACGGCAACUGUAAUAAGUCAUUGUUUGCUUAUGUUAGCUUUGGAACCCCUGUGCCAGGACAAAUUAUUUCAAGAAGUUUGUCGAUCUGCCGACAAUAAGGGUGAUUUACCUUUUACAACAUUAAAUGAAAUGCCAUAUUUGGACGCAUGCAUUCAUGAAUCUCUUCGGAUUUAUCCACCCGGCUUAUGGUCCACAAAAUGUUGUACGAAACCUUAUCAAUUUCGUAAUAAAGACGGUAGUAUUCUCUCCCUUCAGAAGGGCGAUUCGAUAAUAAUUCCCAUUUAUGCGCUUCAUCAUGACGAAGAAUAUUAUGCUGAACCAUAUAAAUUUAAACCCGAAAGAUUUCUAAUUGAAAAUGGCGGUGUAAAGCGGUUUAGAGAUCAUGGAAUCUUUUUGGGCUUUGGCGACGGACCUCGUACCUGUUUGGGUAUGCGUUUUGCUUUGAUCCAGUGUAAAGCGGCAAUUUCGUCCCUGGCGAAGACAUUUCACAUCAAACUGAAUGCAAAAACUCGAAAAGAAUUUAAAUUGGAUCCAAAAAGUUUCCUGGCCCUGCACGCGGGUGGAGUUUGGUUGGACUUUGAGCGACGUUAAUUGAAUUUUGUUCGAAUCUAAUCUUUGAAUACAAAUAAUUAUAAAAUGUUACUAAAAAUCGUAAUUGACUUAAAUUCAAAAUUAACCUGUAAAUAGUCCUGCAAAUAAUACACACAUAUUUCAGCCGUCUUUUGAAUCCAGAGCUCCAAAUU